AUGGGGAAUGACAGUAUUGCUUUCUCCACAUUGUCAAACUUGACAUUAGCAGAAAUCAGCUACCUCGACUUCAUGCCUCUGGCCUGUGCAGAUGAUAGCGAGAGUUGUGAAAACAGAAACGGUGCCGCCAGCGCUCUGCUGCACAUCGAUGAGUCUGACGGGGUGGAUGAAAUCAACAGACAACGCAACAAGAGCAGGAGACGGUCGGAGCCUCGCCAGGUGCAGACAGCCAUCAUCAUCGGCCCGUACGGUCAGCCUCUCACAGUUUACCCCUGCAUGCUCUGUGGUAAAAAGUUCAAGUCACGGGGUUUCCUUAAACGCCACACCAAGAAUCACCACCAGGAGGUUCUGACGAGGAAAAAGUACCAAUGUACAGACUGUGACUUCACCACCAACAAGAAAGCCAGCCUCCACAACCACAUGGAGGUACACGCUCUGAACAGCAAGGCCCCUUUCGAGUGUGAAGUGUGCGGCAAGGAGUUCCACCAGCAGGCGGCGCUGUUCUCUCACAGAUUGCAGCACCACCACCGAGAGCCCAAGGGCCAGUCGCCCACAACGCCAAACAAGAUGCAUAAAUGCAAGUUCUGUGAAUAUGAAACGGCCGAGCAAGGGCUGCUCAACCGGCACCUGUUGGCCGUCCACAGUAAGAGCUUUCCCCACAUCUGUGUGGAAUGUGGAAAAGGCUUUCGACACCCUUCGGAGCUGAAGAAACACAUGCGCACGCACACGGGCGAGAAGCCCUACUCCUGCCUGUACUGCGACUACAAGUCGGCCGAUUCCUCCAAUCUCAAGACACACAUCAAAACUAAGCAUAGCAAAGAGAUGCCAUACAAAUGUGAGCGCUGUUUCCAGACCUUUGCCGAGGAGGAGGAGUUAAUGCAGCACGGACUAACGCACGAGGAGAAUAAGACCCACCAUUGUGCCCACUGUGAUCACAAAAGUUCCAACUCGAGUGACCUGAAACGCCAUAUCAUAUCCGUUCACACCAAGGACUAUCCACACAAAUGUGCCAUCUGUGGUAAAGGCUUCCACCGGCCGUCUGAACUGAAGAAGCACUCGGUGUCGCACCGGACCAAGAAGCUUCAUCAGUGCCGCCACUGCAACUUCAAAAUUGCAGACCCUUUUGUUCUCAGUCGCCAUAUCUUGUCCGUGCACACGAAGGAGCAACAGUCCUCUCCUGAAAAGAGUGAGUCGGGUAAGAGGACAGAGACACACACUCCUGUUGUGUCGCCUAAAAAGUCUGCAGCCAGCGCGUCCAGCGCCGCUAGCCAGGCCAGCCGAGUCAGCGCAGCCAGCUUAGCCAGCAGUGUGACUGUCGUCAUUGGCAAAGGACAGAAAGAAAGGAGAAUCUACCAGUGCCAGUACUGCGACUACAGCACCGGGGACGCUUCGGGGUUCAAGCGGCACGUGAUCUCCAUUCACACGAAAGACUAUCCGCACCGCUGCGAGAUCUGUUCGAAGGGUUUCCGACGACCCUCUGAGAAGAACCAGCAUAUCAUACGCCACCACAAAGAUGUGGUGCAGGAGUGACUCUGACCGAGCCAAAAACUGUGCCACAACAAAGAACAAUGUCGAAGCAACCAUCACACCCCAAACUCUGCACCCUCAGCAGCACACAGGUCACGCUCACACAACGUGGCGUGUGUGUGUGCUGCACUUAGUCCGUUCUGUUGUUUUGACCUUUUUUGAUCGUCAGCCUAAUGUUUGUUCAGAAAUGUAUACACAUGUACAUAACACAAUGCUCUGUCCCGAGUUAGCAACAGAACCCCUCUGUAGACUUGCACUUUGAACUGCAUGUCCCUUUGCUGGUGACGGUGUGCAUGGCAGAUUGUGCAGAUGUCUCUUUGUAGAUAUACAUUUUUUUUAAUUUGCAGGCAGCAAUCAGUUGUCAAUCACAAUGGUCCUAAUUUUGUCAAGACUGUUCGAUUUGCAAAACGUUUGCAUCAUUUUGUCAUCAUUUACUCAACAAAGCAAAGAUUAGCAACAUUCUCCCCGUAGCACUCCCUGUUAUGUGAUAUGAAUCGUGUGUGUAUGAGCAGGCCUGUCACGAUAACUACUUUUAUUGGACAAUAUAUAAUCACGGAAAUGAUUUUAAUCAACAAUAUUGUCAUUUUAAAACUAUUUUAUGCCACUCUUAAAUAUAAUAUAUUGUAAUGCCCAUAUAGAAAGUUUAGACUUUGAAAUUUCAUUGUGAACAAAUAUUAAAAUAUCUUAAAUUGGAUAAACCACAGAACCAAAACAAUAACAAAAGUGAACUCGAGCUCUGAUAGCAAAAUGAACUUUGCUCAAAUCUUAAAAUGCUAAGGAAGAACUCGCCAUUAAUUCUGGAUAUAAUGUUGGCGUUUGUUGUGUUUAGCAAAAAUGGACAUUCAAGAUUUUUGUCAUAACAUAUACAAAAAUACGGUGUCAUUAUGUAAUGUAUGGCAAACUUAGAUCGCAGGUUCCUCAACAGUGCAAUUACAAGACAUUAAAAAAACAACAAACAGUGCAAGCUCAGGUGUUUGUCUU